AUGGAUAGUUGUUCAUCAAUCGAACAGCAAUUCUAUCGAACAUUAACAGCUUUCAAUUCACGAAGUGCAAACAAAAAUGAUCGAGAGAAAGCUUGUGAAAAUAUUCAAAUACUAUGGAAAACUAUGAAAUCGACUGAAGAAUUAAUUGAUCAUCUUCUAAUUGUUAUUAAUGGCGUUUUGAAUUAUGGAAAACAUUGGAGAAUAGAUGUAUUAGAGAACCGUCCGAACAACAUUAUAAAAAAUCAAUUAAUAACAUCGAACGAAAUAUUAAAAAUUUAUAAUAUGCUACUAGUCACACCUGAUUUUGAUCGUCAACGAUUAUGUUUAUCAUUAAAUGUAACAUUAUUCAAUCGGUUUAAUUAUGAACAUCUAUAUAUAUUAGCAGUGCCACCAGUGUCAUCAAUAAUUGGUACUUCUGAUUCAUCAUUACAUACGAGAUCAUCUUAUGGAAAUGUCCGUUUUCAUAUACCAUUUCGUUCGAUUAUCAAUCAAUAUCCAAAUGCUUAUUGUUUGGGAACACGUAAAUUUGAUAAAGAAUAUUGUCAUACAAUUCUUUUGGCUAACAAUCAACUUAAAACAAUUUAUGGAUUUGGCGAAGAAUUUCCAUUACUUAAUGAAUCUUCAAGUCUAAUACAUUUGUCUCCAUCUAAUAAUAUUACUGAAUCUACUUAUUGGAAGCGUUAUCGUUCUAAAAUUGAUGAAGCAUGGGAUCAAAUUGAUUUUUGUAUUCCUAUACCUGAUCAGUUACUAUUUGAUCCUCAACAAAUAGAAAUUAAAAUUGAUUUUAUUGAUCAUGAGAAAGAUUUGUGUAUACCAUCAUUGAAAGCUCGACGAAGAAAUAUUAACAAUUGGAAAUGUGAAAAUUUAACUGCACAUGAUGCAAUGAUAGAGUUUGUUCGUCGAAGUCUUGAAAUAAAAAACUCAAAGUUUUUUGAUUCAUUAGAACCAUUAUUUGAUGAAGAUUUAUGGAAAAAAUUGCAAGAUAUACGUCAAGAACGAUUGUUAUCCACAUAA